CUAACACGGCUACAGUUCUGUUCUGCUCUGCUGCGUGACAUAGGACACGGUGUUUCAGAACUGACUUGAAGCACCCCACAGCAGUGUCUGGGGACAUCCGAGGCAGGAGGUUGAAAUGACACGUGGGUUCUGUGGUGUGGCUACUUAGGUGUGCUGGGUACUUUGAGGAUGGGGCCCAGUAUUGACACUCAGGGUUGGUAGGGCCUAGGGGCGGAGUUCAUGCCAGGUCAUCGUGUUUUGGUGCAGGUUGGCGUUCGCGGACGGGACAUUGUUGUUCUUGGGGUGGAGAAGAAAUCUGUGGCCAAACUGCAGGAUGAGAGGACCGUGCGGAAGAUAUGCGCUCUGGAUGACAACGUCUGCAUGGCCUUCGCAGGCCUCACUGCUGACGCGAGGAUCGUCAUCAACAGAGCCCGGGUGGAGUGCCAGAGCCACCGGCUGACCGUGGAGGACCCAGUCACUGUGGAGUACAUCACCCGCUACAUCGCCAGCCUGAAGCAGCGAUACACGCAGAGCAACGGGCGCAGGCCCUUCGGCAUCUCUGCCCUCAUCGUGGGUUUCGACUUUGACGGCACACCCAGACUAUACCAGACUGACCCCUCAGGCACCUACCAUGCCUGGAAGGCCAAUGCCAUAGGCCGUGGGGCCAAGUCCGUGCGGGAGUUCCUGGAGAAGAACUACACUGACGAGGCCAUUGAGACGGACGACCUGGCCAUUAAGCUGGUCAUCAAGGCCCUGCUGGAGGUGGUCCAGUCAGGUGGCAAAAACAUUGAGCUUGCAGUGAUGCGGCGGGACCAGCCUCUCAAGAUUUUAAGUCCUGAAGAAAUUGAGAAGUACGUUGCUGAAAUUGAGAAGGAGAAAGAGGAGAAUGAGAAGAAGAAGCAGAAGAAGGCUUCGUGACUGCCCUGCCGGCAGUGCAGGCCGUGCCAGCCGCCCAGCAAUAAAGCUUUAUAACCUUUUUAAA